AUGUUAGUCUCGUCGCCGUCCAACGGCACCAUCAAGCUCGCAGACUAUGUCUUUGCUCGACUACACCAAUUAGGGGUACGGUCCGUGUUUGGUGUUCCGGGAGACUAUAACCUGAAGCUACUCGACUUUGUCGAGCCUUCAGGUCUUCACUGGGUGGGCAACUGCAACGAGUUGAACGCAGCGUAUGCCGCAGAUGCAUACGCUAGACUCCACGGGAUUAGCGCUCUCGUGACCACCUUCGGUGUUGGAGAGCUGUCCGCCGUAAACGGCAUCGCGGGGGCAUUCGCAGAGAAAGCACCCAUUGUACACAUUGUUGGGACGCCGUCGCGGACCAUUCAGGAGAACCGGGUGUUUAUGCACCAUGCGUUCCCGGAUGCCGACUACCGGCGGUUUGCCGAGAUGCACUCGCACGUCACGGCGGCGCAGACCAACUUGACGGAUCCUCGUCUGGCACCGAACCAGGUCGAUUGGAUCAUAGAGCAAGCGUUGCUGCAUCAGCGGCCGGUUUAUCUCGAGAUACCGGACGAUAUGGUGAACACGUUGGUUUCGUCUUCCAACUUGCAUGAUAGGCCCUCACUCCAGCUGCCGGAUCCCCCCGAAAUUGAGGCAGAAGCCAGCGGCGUCCAAUGCCUUCUCGACAGAGUAUACUCGGCCAAACGCCCGCUGAUUCUUGUCGACGGGGAGAGCAGGUCGCUCGGCAUCCUGGAAGAGAUCGAUCAACUGAUAAAGGCAACGCAAUGGCCCACCUGGACGACGGUAUUCGGAAAGGGCCUUGUCAAUGAGGAGCUGCCAAACGUCUACGGAGUUGAUGCAGGCAAGUUUGGCGCCGAUGAGGCAUUUGCAUACCACCAGUCAGCAGACCUCAUACUCCACCUGGGGCCGCACCUUAGCGAUACCAACACCAACAUCUUUACUACUAUCCCACCCAAGACCAUUGCGAUAGUAUUAUCGCAAAACACCCUAACUGCCGGAGCAAAUAUUUACCGGGACAUAUUACCUGCUCGCUUCUUACAGAGACUACUUAAAGAGCUAAAGUCAGAUCGUCUCGUCAAAGUGGAUGGGCCUCCAAACACCAUCCAGGCGCAACCGGAAGUGGUCGACAGCGACCCCUUGGUUCAGAAGCAUUUCUACAGCAUAAUCAACCCGAUCUUACGCAAAGGCGAUGUUGUUCUCGCAGAGACGGGGACAGCCUCUUAUGGUGGCAGGACGAUGAAGCUACCACCCGGUUCGCGGUUCUUCACCGCAGUGACAUGGCUGUCGAUUGGAUACAUGCUGCCAGCAACCCUGGGGGCGGCCCUCGCCCAGCGAGAUAUGCUGAAAACCAGCUUGGAAAAGGGGGCCCAAGAAGCCAACCAGAAACGCCGUGCGAUUCUGUUCAUGGGAGACGGAAGUCUCCAGAUGACGGCACAAGAGCUCAGCAUCAUCAUCCAGGAGAAGCUGAACGUGACCAUUUUCGUCAUCAACAACAACGGCUACACCAUCGAGCGGGUCAUCCACGGCCGCAAGCAAGCGUACAACGGCAUCGCCAAGUGGGACCAUGCCUUUGCGCUCCGGCUAUUCGGCAUGGACGAGGAGACCGCGAGCAAGAGCUUCUUCCGGGCCAAGACGUGGGGGGAGCUCAAAACUGUGUUGGCUUCGCCGGACCUGAAAGAGGGCGAAGGCGUUAAGGUUGUCGAGGUGUUCAUGGGCCAGGAGGACUGCACGGGCCCAUUGCUAGAUCUUCUCCAGCGUCAGGUCGCCCAGGAAGGAACUGCGCCAUGA